AUGGAGGAGGCGGAGGCGCACCUGCUCCCGGCCGCCGACGUGCUGCGCCGCUUCUCGGUGACUGCCGAGGGCGGCCUGAGCCCGGAGCAGGUGACCGGCGCGCGGGAGCGCUACGGCCCUAACGGUGAGAGCGCGGGCCACGCGGGGGCAGCCGGGGCCGCGUGCGCCGCGGUCUCCGUAUCGCCCCCGGCACCGCGGCUGCGGAGCGAGCUCCCAACCGAGGAAGGGAAGUCCCUGUGGGAGCUGGUGCUGGAGCAGUUUGAGGACCUCCUGGUGCGCAUCCUGCUGCUGGCGGCCCUGGUCUCCUUCGUCCUGGCCUGGUUCGAGGAGGGUGAGGAGACCACAACUGCCUUCGUGGAGCCCCUGGUCAUCAUGCUGAUCCUUGUGGCCAAUGCGAUCGUGGGCGUGUGGCAGGAACGCAAUGCUGAGAGUGCCAUUGAGGCCCUGAAGGAGUAUGAGCCUGAGAUGGGCAAGGUGAUCCGCUCGGACCGCAAGGGCGUGCAGCGGAUCCGCGCCCGGGACAUCGUCCCCGGAGACAUCGUGGAAGUGGCAGUGGGAGACAAAGUGCCCGCUGACCUCCGUCUCAUCGAGAUCAAGUCUACCACGCUGAGAGUGGACCAAUCCAUCCUGACCGGUGAAUCUGUGUCUGUGACCAAGCACACGGAUGCCAUCCCAGACCCCAGAGCUGUGAACCAGGACAAGAAGAACAUGCUGUUUUCUGGCACCAACAUCGCAUCGGGCAAGGCGGUGGGUGUGGCAGUGGCCACGGGCUUGCACACGGAGCUGGGUAAGAUCCGGAGUCAGAUGGCGGCCAUGGCCCCAGAGCGGACGCCCCUGCAGCAGAAGCUGGAUGAGUUUGGGCAGCAGCUGUCUCGCGCCAUCUCUGUGAUCUGCAUGGCCGUGUGGGUCAUUAACAUCGGUCACUUUGCUGAUCCGGCCCACGGCGGCUCUUGGCUCCGAGGUGCUGUCUACUACUUCAAGAUUGCCGUGGCCCUGGCGGUGGCCGCCAUCCCUGAAGGCCUCCCGGCUGUCAUCACUACAUGCUUGGCACUGGGCACACGGCGCAUGGCCCGCAAGAACGCCAUCGUGCGGAGUCUGCCCUCCGUGGAGACCCUGGGCUGCACCUCGGUCAUCUGCUCUGAUAAGACGGGCACACUCACCACCAAUCAGAUGUCGGUCUGCCGGAUGUUCGUGGUAGCCGAGGCCGAAGCGGGUACCUGCAGUUUGCACGAGUUCACCAUCUCGGGCACCACGUAUGCCCCGGAGGGCGAAGUGCGGCUGGGGGGGUGGCCUGUGUGCUGCGGGCAGUUUGACGCGCUGGCGGAGCUGGCGACCAUCUGCGCCCUGUGCAAUGACUCAGCGCUGGACUACAACGAGGCGAAGGGCGUGUAUGAGAAGGUGGGAGAGGCCACGGAGACGGCCCUGACUUGCCUCGUCGAGAAGAUGAAUGUUUUUGACACGGACCUGCAGGCCCUGUCCCGGGUGGAGCGAGCUGGGGCCUGCAACACGGUCAUCAAGCAGCUGUUGCAGAAGGAGUUCACCCUGGAGUUCUCCCGAGACCGGAAGUCCAUGUCGGUGUACUGCACGCCCACCCGCCCUGGCCUGGCGGCCCAGGGCAGCAAGAUGUUUGUGAAGGGGGCACCUGAGAGUGUGAUCGAGCGCUGCAGCUCAGUCCGCGUGGGGAGCCGCACGGUAUCCCUGAACACCACCUCCAGGGAGCAGAUCCUAGCCAAGAUCCGGGACUGGGGCUCAGGCUCGGACACACUGCGCUGCCUGGCACUGGCCACCCGGGAUACGCCCCCGAGGAAGGAGGACAUGCAACUAGACGACUGCAGCAAGUUUGUGCAGUACGAGACGGACCUGACUUUCGUGGGCUGCGUGGGCAUGCUGGACCCUCCGAGGCCCGAGGUGGCUGCCUGCAUCUCACGCUGCCACCAGGCGGGCAUCCGUGUGGUCAUGAUCACGGGGGACAACAAAGGCACGGCUGUGGCCAUCUGCCGCCGGCUUGGCAUCUUCAAGGACACGGAGGACGUGGCGGGCAAGGCCUACACGGGCCGAGAAUUUGAUGACCUCAGCCCCGAGCAGCAACGCCACGCCUGCCGCACGGCCCGCUGCUUUGCCCGGGUGGAGCCCGCCCACAAGUCCCGCAUCGUGGAGAACCUGCAGUCCUUCAACGAGAUCACCGCCAUGACUGGAGACGGGGUGAAUGAUGCCCCAGCCCUGAAGAAAGCGGAGAUCGGCAUCGCCAUGGGCUCCGGCACAGCCGUGGCCAAGUCAGCGGCAGACAUGGUACUGUCAGAUGACAACUUUGCCUCCAUCGUGGCUGCAGUGGAGGAGGGCCGGGCCAUCUACAGCAACAUGAAGCAAUUCAUCCGCUAUCUCAUCUCCUCCAACGUUGGCGAGGUCGUCUGCAUCUUCGUCACAGCAAUUCUGGGCCUGCCCGAAGCCCUGAUCCCUGUGCAGCUUCUCUGGGUGAACCUGGUGACGGAUGGCCUACCUGCCACGGCCCUGGGCUUCAACCCACCAGACCUGGAUAUUAUGGAGAAGCGGCCCCGGAACCCUCGGGAGGCCCUCAUCAGUGGCUGGCUCUUCUUCCGAUAUCUGGCUAUUGGUGUGUACGUUGGCCUGGCCACAGUGGCUGCUGCCACCUGGUGGUUCCUGUAUGAUGCCGAGGGACCUCAGGUCACCUUCUACCAGCUGAGGAACUUCCUGAAGUGCUCAGAGGACAACCUGCUCUUUGCCGGCACUGAAUGCGAGGUCUUUGAGUCACGCUUCCCCACGACUAUGGCCUUGUCUGUGCUGGUGACCAUUGAGAUGUGCAACGCCCUUACCAGCGUCUCGGAGAACCAGUCACUGCUGCGGAUGCCGCCCUGGCUGAACCCCUGGCUGCUGGCGGCUGUGGCCAUGUCCAUGGCCCUGCACUUCCUCAUCCUGCUUGUGCCGCCCCUGCCUCUCAUCUUCCAAGUGACCCCACUGAGUGGGCACCAGUGGGUCGUGGUGCUCCAGAUAUCUCUGCCUGUCAUCCUGCUCGAUGAGGCCUUCAAGUACCUGUCCCGGAAGCACGUGGAUGGGGCCAGGGCGGCCGAUCAGCCCCCAUCUCCCAUGCUGGCCAGCCCUCCCAGGCACUGCUAA